AUGACCGCAGAGCAAAUUCAAGCAUAUCAACAAACAAUUGAAAACACCAGAGUAUAUUUAGAGCGAAUAUUGCGUGUUAAACCACUUCCAGACAGAUACAUUGGUUACAGCGAUGAAUUCUCUGCAGCUAUGAGAAAUUUAACAGUCAUUGCAACAAACUGUGAUUUAUAUAUUGUAUGGAUGGUCCAUCCAAGUGAUUCAGAUGAUGAUUUAUUCCAAGUUGCAGAUAUUAGUUAUUGGGAUACGACAUAUUGGGCAUAUCAUCAAAUGACAGUUAUUUUUAAUCCAAGAAAAAUUCCUACUCAAGCAUCCCAGAUCAAUACAAGAAAUGACAAUUUCUUUAAUAAUCUAAUGUCAGCAAUAUUAGUUGGUAUACAAACUCGUGGACAUUUCCAUGCUAAGUUAUCAUCAAAUUAUUAUCCAAAUCCUUACUGUUUCUUUACGAAGAAUGAAAUUCAAUAUGCUGUUCUUACAACUCCUUAUGCUCAUCAUCAUGGUAAACAUUUCUUUGGACAAGAAUGGUUCGUUGGAGAUGACAAUACUUGUCCAUCAGGAGUUUUAUUAUAUCCAGAUUCUUUGAGACCACACACAGCAUUUUAUCCCGAAGAUAUGCUUGUUCCUUUAAAUCUUCAACAUGAUGGUGUUCCAUUCUUAAGAUUCACAGAGGUUACAAUGGCAAAUUUACUUGAUUCAGGAAACUUCGAAGUUGAUUGGAGAUUUGGAAAACCGCUUAUCUUUGGUAAUAAAGAAUACAUCAAUGGUGAAUAUAUGCCAAAUUGGCCACUUGGUCCUGCUUAUACAACACUUCCUUGGUAUUAUUUUGAAAAUCCAAAUGUUUCACUUGAUGAGUCUUCAUUUACAUUCAAAUCAUGGGGAAUUGCAUCUAGUUAUAAUGGAGAUUGUUCAGAUCCAAAUAUUGCAUCGUAUUUCACAGAAUAUUGUAAUGCACAAUCAUACUAUAAUCCAUAUGGGUAUCAAAAAUUCGGCUCGAAAUAUAUAAACUACUAUUUACUUAAAGGACAAAGACAUUAUUGCGAUGAUGGAACAGCCACAAUUCCAGGCAUGACAUACUAUGAUGAAGAUGAAUGCGCUGUUUAUAACUGUGCAGAUGAUUAUCAAUCAUUCACAAUAAACGUUGUAACUGAUCAAGUAGCUCAUGAAUAUCUUUCAAUUAACUGCUCAGCUGAUGGGCAACAAUAUUCAUAUAUUAAGAAUUAUGCAGUUGGUGCACAGCUUACCAGAACAGUUGUUUGCCCUCCACCAGAAGCAUUUUGCAGAACAGUAGAAGGAUAUGAUGAAUGGUAUCCAAGUAAUCCAUUCCAGAAUGUUUUAUUCCCUACGCCAACACCAUUCGCUACACCAAGAAUUACACCAAAAGUUACUCCAAUCAUGACGCCAGCUUAUACUCCUAAGAACACUCCAGUUAAGACACCUUAUUCAACAGCAAAGACAACACCAUUUAUCACACCUUUUAAAACACAGCACACAACACCAUUUGUUACAGUGUUUUCAACACCAGUAUUCACACAUAAAACAACACCAAUUAACACACCAUUCAAAACACAAUUCAUGACACCUCAUUCUACUCCUCAUUCAACAGCAGCUUACACACCUAAAUAUAUGGCUAAACAGACACCAUUCAAAACUGCCCAUUUGACUCCUAAAUUGACACAUUUUAACACUCCAAAGUUGACUCCUCAUUCAACUCCUCAUUCCACGGCACAAGUUACACCUCACAUUACACCUUUUUAUACUCCAAUUGCUACAUAUGCAGAGUCAGCAAGCCGUAAAGUCUAUCGUAAACAUAAACCAGGAACAUACAUGGGCUUUGCAUACUUCUGCCAAGAAGUUUAA